ACGCACCUGGGCCGCUGCGGCCCCUGCCGGCCCCUCCUCCGGCCGCGGGGAAGAGGAAAGUCGCGGCGGGGGCGCGGCCCAGCCUUCGCUCCCGCCCGCCUCGUCCCGGUCCCCGCCCGCCGUCCCCGAGCCGCGACGCCCAGAGCUGCGACCGGCGCGCCCUGCUCCGCCGCCGCCCGGGCCCGGGCCGCCAUGUCUCUAUGGAAGAAAACCGUCUACAAGAGCGUGUGCCUGUCCCUGGCCCUGCUUGUGGCCGUAACAGUAUUCCAGCGCAGUCUGACCCCCCACCAGUUUCUGCAAGAACCCCCGCCGCCCACCCGAGAGCCACAAAAGGCCCAGAACCCAAGCGGACACCUAGUGAACCCCAACAGCUUCUGGAAGAACACCAAGGAUGUGGCUGCCGCCACGCCCAUGGCCCCACCAGGGCCCCAGACUUGGGACAUCAGCUCCACUAACUGCUCAGCGAAUAUCAACGUGACCCAGCAGCCCUGGUUCCAGGGCCUGGAGCCCCACUUCCAGCAGUUUCUGACCUACCGUCACUGCCGGUACUUCCCCAUGCUGCUGAACCACCCGGAGAAGUGCCGCGGCGCUGUCUACCUGCUGGUGGUGGUCAAGUCGGUCAUCACGCAGCACGACCGCCGCGAGGCCAUCCGCCAGACGUGGGGCCGGGAGCAGGAGUCGGGGGGCGGCGGCCGCGGCGCCCUGCGCACCGUCUUCCUGCUGGGCACGGCCUCCAAGCAGGAGGAGCGUGCGCACUACCAGCAGCUGCUGGCCUACGAGGACCGCCUCUACGGCGACAUCCUGCAGUGGGACUUUCUGGACAGCUUCUUCAACCUGACCCUCAAGGAGAUCCACUUCCUCAAGUGGUUUGACAUCUACUGCCCCCACGUCCAGUUCAUCUUCAAGGGCGACGACGAUGUCUUCGUCAACCCCACCAACCUGCUCGAAUUUCUGGCUGACCGGCAGCCUCAGGAAGACCUGUUCGUGGGCGACGUCCUGCAGCGCGCUCGGCCCAUCCGCAAGAAGGACAACAAAUACUACAUCCCGGGGGUCCUGUACAGCAAGGCCAGCUACCCCCCGUACGCGGGCGGCGGCGGCUUCCUCAUGGCGGGCGGCCUGGCCCGGCGCCUGCGCCGAGCCUGCGACACCCUGGAGCUGUACCCCAUCGACGACGUCUUCCUGGGCAUGUGUCUGGAGGUGCUGAGCGUGCAGCCCACGGCCCACGAGGGCUUCAAGACUUUCGGCAUCACCCGGAACCGCAACAGCCGCAUGAACAAGGAGCCCUGCUUCUUCCGCUCCAUGCUGGUGGUGCACAAGCUGCUGCCCCCCGAGCUGCUGGCUAUGUGGGGGCUGGUGCACAGCAACCUCACCUGCGCCCGCAACCUGCAGGUGCUCUGACCGCAGCCAGACCGCCGGGAGAGGCGGGGCCACGGGUUCUUGAGCCCC